AUGGCUUCACCACAAUCCCCAGUUACUCCACAGAGCACCGUCUACCCCAGAAGCCAUGUCGGUUUUGAUAGCAUCACCUCGCAGAUCGAGCGAAAAUUGCUGAAGCGUGGUUUUCAAUUCAACGUUAUCUGCGUGGGUCAAACUGGACUGGGCAAAUCGACCUUGAUCAAUACCAUCUUCGCCUCCCACCUGAUCGAUUCGAAGGGGCGUUUGAGACCAGAUGAGCCUGUGCGUUCAACCACCGAAAUUCAAGCUGUCUCCCAUAUCAUCGAAGAGAACGGCGUACGUCUUCGGUUGAACAUUGUCGACACCCCCGGUUAUGGUGACCAGGUUAACAAUGAUAGAUGCUGGGACCCAAUUGUCAAGUACAUCAAGGAUCAGCACUCCGCCUAUCUCAGGAAGGAACUUACUGCUCAGCGGGAACGCUACAUCCAGGAUACACGUAUCCAUUGCUGCUUGUUCUUUAUCCAGCCUUCUGGACAUGCUCUGAAACCAAUUGAUAUUGUCGUUUUGAAGAAGCUAUCUGAUGUUGUCAAUGUUGUGCCUGUCAUUGCCAAAUCCGAUUCUUUGACCCUAGAAGAGCGACUGGCGUUCAAGGAGAGAAUCAAGGAGGAAUUCUCCUUCCAUAACUUGAAGAUGUACCCUUAUGAUAACGAUGAAUUGGACGAUGAAGAGCGUGCCGUCAACGCUCAAAUCAAGGACAUCAUUCCCUUCGCAGUUGUUGGAAGCGAGAAAUCCAUCAUCGUUGGUGGUAAGCAAGUCCGUGGCCGCCAGAACCGUUGGGGCGUAAUAAACGUCGAAGACGAGAACCAUUGCGAAUUCGUCUACCUCCGCAACUUCCUCACGCGCACCCACCUCCAGGAUCUGAUCGAGACCACCAGCCAGAUCCACUACGAGACCUUCCGCGCGAAACAGCUGCUGGCCCUGAAGGAGAGCAGCGCUACAGCUCACUCUGGCAGCCGACCCAUUAGCCCCUCCGCAGACCGAGAAUUGAGCAAGGGCUCUCAAAGGGUGGCAAUGAACGGCUAUAACUAG